UUCUAAAAUUGGAGAACAAUAAAAUUAAUUCAUCGAACAUAAUUAGAAAUAUCGUAAAGUACAAAUCUCACGUCCUGUCAGUUAGGUUAGGUCUUAUACAGGUUAGGUUAAGUUCGUGUUUCCCAUGUGGACUUGUUUUUAACAAACUUUGUCGUCAUGACAGAACCAUUACCGUUACCGCAAAAAAAAUACUACAGACAACGCGCACAUUCAAAUCCCAUAGCAGAUCACUGCAUAGAAUACCCUGUAAAACCUGACUUUAUGAACUGGAGUUCGUUAUAUCCAUUGUAUUUUUCAAACACUGAAGUAAAAUCCGAAGAAAACGAUUCGCAGCAAAAAUGUGUGGAGUUUGCAGACAUUGGAUGUGGUUACGGAGGACUACUGGUUACACUGUCGCCAAUGUUCCCCAAUAAUCUCAUUCUCGGUAUGGAGAUUAGAGUAAAAGUUUCUGACUAUGUCACGGAUCGUAUACUUGCACUACGAUCGCAGUACCCUGGACAAUAUCAGAACAUUGCGUGCCUAAGGACCAAUGCAAUGAAAUAUUUGCCAAAUUACUUUCGCAAAGGGCAGUUGAAGAAAAUGUUUUUUUUAUACCCGGAUCCACAUUUCAAAAAGUCAAAACACAAAUGGAGAAUUAUAAACAGAACGCUGCUAGCAGAAUAUGCCUAUGUAUUAGCUGAAGGAGCUAUUAUAUACACAGUGACAGAUGUGAAAGAUCUACAUGAAUGGAUAGUGCAGCAUUUUCAUGAGCAUCCUUUGUUUGAUGAUAUUCCCAAGGAAGAAUUGGAUGUAGACCCUAUUGUGGAAAAACUGUAUGAGAGUACAGAAGAAGGACAAAAAGUAACAAGGAAUAAAGGGGACAAGUUUUUAGCUGUAUUUAAACGAAUUCCAGAUCCAUAUAACAAAGAAACUAGUUAAUAUUGACUACUUACAACAGUAUGUGUAUAUAAAUAGAAUUAUUUUCCAUAAUCAAUUUACAAAAGAUACUUUAGAUGUUGCUUUCAUGUAAUUUAUUUCUUCCUUGUCGAACAAAUUAUUACCUACAAAAUA